AUGAUUGGCUGUCUGGGCUACAUCCUUUUGGAGGAGCAGAGUGAAGCGGGUAUACAGGGGGACAAGACAGAAGUAUGCGGAGGUCGAGACUGUAAUGUCUGCCAGUGCUUCCCUGUCAAAGGAGACAUGGGGUCUCCUGGUCCCUUAGGUCGACAGGGCCCCCAGGGGCCCCGAGGUUUACCUGGCACCCCAGGACUUCCAGGCGAGAAGGGUCAACGAGGAACCAUAGGAUUUCCUGGAGUGUCUGGCCGGAAAGGAGAUCAGGGAGUCAAAGGUUCUAGAGGCCAUGCAGGAUUAGACGGAGUGCCGGGUCAUCCGGGGCCAGGUGGGCUUCCUGGGUUUCCAGGGAAGGACGGUUGUAAUGGAACCAGAGGAAAUCAUGGGCUGGAUGGUGAGAUAGGACAGCCUGGCUUCCCAGGACCCGUGGGACUGCCUGGGAUAAAAGGAGCAAAAGGAGACACAUCUUAUAGACUAAUUUUCACACCUGGAAAACCAGGCGCUGAUGGACUUCCAGGAGUGCGUGGCCCACAAGGAAUUGAGGGAGUCUUUGGCCUGCAAGGUCCACCGGGCCAAGUGGGACCUGAGGGAUUUAUGGGCUUACCAGGUUUAACUGGUCCAAGAGGCCCACCGGGAGACCCAGGAAGAUCAUUGCCUGGACUGAAAGGAGAUGAGGGGGAUCAAGGUCCGAAGGGGGAACCAGGACCUUUUGAAUAUGUGGAGCCCAACCCAGAAGACUACGUCAAAGGAGAUAAGGGGGGAAAAGGGCAAAAAGGAAUUUGUGGAGUGCCUGGCCUGGAUGGUCCUGAAGGACCUCAGGCAGAAAAAGGAGAGAAAGGAAUUAUUGGUUUCUCUGGAUCUAGAGGGCCGCAAGGUUUUCCUGGUCGAAUGGGCUUUCAAGGACCUAAGGGGGAACGUGGGGAAAAUGGUCUCCCUGGUCUUUUUGGCAACCUAGGACCAAAGGGCUACGCAGGAGACCCCGGACCUAAAGGAAAGCAGGAGUACUAUUACAGAAAUGUGACAGGACUGCCUGGAGAUCCAGGCCUCCCUGGUGCAGCUGGACCACCGGGUGACAGAGGAAUAAUGGGUAUUCCUGGCCCCUCUGGCAAUCCAGGACAAUCUAUAAUAGGUGCUAUGGGUGAAUCUGGUCUGCAGGGUUUCCCUGGACUGAGAGGAGAAAAAGGCGACCCAGGAAGAAUACAAUCUUCCUAUUUUUUUGAUUCUCCAGGGGAACCUGGGAAACGGGGCCCUCCAGGGCCUAAAGGAGAACAAGGAAAUCCCGGCUCUCCCGGUUACUACUGCGUUCCUGGUAAGCGUGGGGAACCUGGAAAUGUCGGACAAAGAGGGCCUCCUGGACUGCCAGGUGUCCAGGGGAGGAAAGGUCCUGAUGGGGCUUGUGCAUGUGACCCCCUUGGUGAUCUACCUGGCAGACCUGGCCCUCCAGGAUUGAUGGGUGAUCCUGGUGAUCCUGGGCGAAAGGGGUUCCCGGGUCCCAUUGGUGAUGUCGGUCCCCUCGGAGAGAGGGGUGCAGAGGGUGCAACUGGCCCCAGAGGCUUCACAGGUGUCAGAGGAAUUAAAGGAGAGAAAGGAGAUGUCAUGGUGUUACGCACAAAGGGAGAGAAGGGGGACAGGGGACCUGUUGGUCCAUUCGGGCUACCAGGAUAUAAUGGCAGAAAAGGGGCUGAUGGGAAGAUGGGCAUACCUGGAGAUCCUGGACCUCUGGGAGAUAAUCUUGUUGGUCUGCCAGGUGAUAGGGGGUGUCAAGGAAGUGUUGGUGCAAAGGGCUUCAGAGGUCCAAUGGGGCCUCCUGGCCCAUCUAUGAUGGGGGCCAUUGGGCGACGGGGGCAACAAGGAGACCCGGGGCCCGAGGGUCAACCAGGACCCUCUGGCCCCAAAGGGCUCCAAGGUGAAACUCUGCCCUGUGGGACUGGCACUCCUGGGCCCCCUGGAUUCAAAGGACUGCCUGGUUUUUCAGGUGACAAAGGGAAGGUUGGAAAUCCAGGAUGCAGAGGGCGAGUUGGACCAGAUGGUCCCAAGGGAGAGAAAGGUGACGCUGGAGAUUAUGGAUAUAGUGGACUCAAAGGUCCAGAUGGAUAUAUAGGAGAUCCAGGUGACACUGGCUCUGACGGUAACAGUUUCGAUGGUCCACCUGGCAUGCCUGGUAACCGUGGACCAGAUGGUCUUAAGGGGUCUGUUGGAGAGGGGGUUGUCGGGGCUCCAGGACCAAUGGGGCUGUCUGGGCUUCAGGGAAGCCAAGGCCCGAAAGGUGUCCCCGGACCCCCUGGACCAACUGGAUUACAAGGUGCAUUUGGAAUUCCUGGACUUCCUGGUAGAAAAGGGGAAAAGGGUGCAGAUGGUAUGCCAGGGCCACCUGGUUGCCCUGGUAGGAGACCAGAUCGGUGUGAUAGAGGAGAACCUGGUCUACCUGGCCGGUCAGGACCACCUGGCUUCACUGGACAGCAAGGCCCCACUGGAGAGAAAGGAUCACUUGGGGAGCUAGGACUUCCAGGCAUAGGACCCAAAGGAGCCCCUGGUAAGCCUGGUACCCCUGGCAAUCAAGGGUUUCCUGGCCUUCAGGGGCCUCCAGGACCCAGAGGGGAUAAUGGAAUACCUGGAUUUAAUGGACCAAAGGGUUUACCUGGAUUACCUGGACAAGAUGGCUGUGUUGGCAGCUCAGGGCGGACUGGCCCUCAAGGUGCGCUUGGUCUGAAAGGCAUAAGGGGGCUCGAUGGGCGUCCAGGUUUCCCAGGAGAAAACGGAUUCAAGGGCCAGAAAGGAUGCAUUGGGCCUCAAGGACCUCCAGGAGACACAAUUUCAGUCCCAGUGAAAGGCCAAAUGGGGCCACCUGGAUCUCAGGGGGAUACUGGUUUCUCUGGAGCAAGGGGUAAUAAGGGAACACCAGGCCCUCCUGGCCAGCCAGGUUACCCAGGACUAAAUGGACCCCCAGGGUUUGAAAGUGGCAGUCGUGGACCACCAGGUACCCCUGGACAGCCAGGUGAGCCUGGAAAACGUGGGCAGCCUGGGCCAAAGGGCAUUGUGGGAUUCCAUGGGGACAGCGGUGAUCCAGGUGACCCUGGAUUGACUGGUAUGUCUGGAACCCCUGGUUUCCCUGGAUUUGAUGGUCCUAAAGGUGAUAAAGGUGAAUCUAUUGGUAAACCGGGCCAGACAGGUGCUAGAGGGCCGUCUGGAGAAAAUGGCUUGUCAGCUCUGCCAGGUGAUAAGGGAGACCUGGGUGACCCCGGCCCUGAAGGACCGAUUGGACCCUUUGGUCUGCCUGGUCCACCUGGGAGCACUGGUCUGAGUGGACCUCAAGGAGUUGUUGGGCCCCCAGGUCCAUGUGGAAGGCAUGGUCCAGAGGGCCCUCCUGGCCCCCCUGGUCCACCAGGCUCUAAAGGAAACAUAGGAUGCACUGGACUUAGAGGGCCUCCGGGGCCCCCAGGCCUCCAUGGACUGGAUGGCCUGAAGGGCGUCAAGGGUGAAAUGGGGUCACGGGGUCUGAGUUUAAAAGGUGAUGGAGGAGCUCAAGGACUGCCAGGAGAGAAGGGCAUUCAAGGAGACCCAGGGUUGCAAGGAACAUCACAAACAGGUCUUCGAGGUCCAAAAGGACAGCAGGGUGCACAAGGAGACCCUGGUUUGAUCGGUCCUCAAGGACUUCGUGGUGCAGACUGUAAGUAUGGUAAACUUGGACAGUAUGGAGAACAGGGUUACCCUGGACCAGAUGGACCACCAGGCCCAAUGGGAGAGGUGGGAGAACCAGGCACUACAUUCAAACUUAGGGGUGAUGACGGUGAGAAAGGUCAGCCUGGGUUACCAGGAUAUAAAGGAGAAAAAGGGUACCCUGGACUCAAUGGCCCACCUGGAUAUCAGGGCCCGGAAGGCCCAAAAGGUGAAAGAGGACAACAUGGACCCAUGGGCCUUCCAGGUCCCUUUGGCUCCAUGGGCGAAUGUGGCCCCCGAGGACCCUGUGGUGCUAAAGGAGAGAAAGGAGAUCGAGGUCAGAAAGGCGACCCUGGCAUUGUCAGACCUGCUAAUAUUCACUGUAGCCCUCCACAGGGCCCCACUGGUGCUCGUGGUCCCGCUGGCUUGACUGGUAUUGAGGGUGUGGCUGGACCCAGUGGAAUAGAGGGUCCAAAAGGUAUGAAGGGACCAAUGGGAGCUGUGGGAUUCCCUGGACUACCUGGGCCACCAGGAUUAGAUGGACCUCCUGGAAACCCUGGAGAUGAUGGCCUGAGAGGACCUCCAGGCUUUCAGGGAUCCCAAGGACCUCCUGGUAAUCGGGGUGCUCCUGGAACUGGUGAGAAGUUUACUUCUGGAUUCCUUUUGGUGAUGCACAGCCAGUCUGAAGCAGUGCCUGCUUGUCCCCAGGGCCUGACCAAGCUAUGGGAGGGCUACAGCCUGCUUUAUUUAGAGGGUCAAGAGAGAGCACACACACAAGACCUUGGUCAGGCAGGUUCAUGUUUGCGUAUGUUCAGCACCAUGCCAUUCUCCUACUGUAAUACGGAGACUUGCGACUACGCUAGCCGCAAUGACAAAUCUUAUUGGCUGUCUACCACUGCCUCGAUUCCUAUGAUGCCUCUGGUGGGACCAGAAAUUCAGCCACACAUCAGCAGGUGUGUGGUGUGUGAAGCUCCAUCACCAGCCAUUGCAAUACACAGUCAAGACACAUCUACACCACAGUGUCCUCCCACAUGGAGAAGUCUUUGGACUGGAUAUUCAUUCCUGAUGCACACAGGAUCAGGGGACGAGGGAGGGGGGCAGUCUCUGACGUCAACAGGAAGCUGCUUGCGGGACUUUCGCAGCCAGCCGUUUGUGGAGUGUCAAGGGCCACGUGGCACGUGCCAUUAUUUUGCCACCAUCUACAGCUUCUGGCUGACUAGAGUGAGCGGGCAGCACUUUAACCCGAGCCCUCACAGUACUGUACUAAACAGCGAACAGGAGCAGCGCAGCAGCAUCAGCCACUGCAACGUUUGCAUGAGGGAAUGAUUUCAUCACAAAUCAUUCACGUUUCCUAGAAAACUGCACUGAGAAUGCACAACAGUAGGUCACCGGAUUGGUAUUGAUUGAAGAUGCUUUUGGUCUCUUUUGUGGAGAAGGAAAAAAAUGACUCAAUUUUUGACCGUUUUUGUUGAACUGCAGGCUGUGAACUUUGCUGAUGUUUUACCUACAGUCACUGGAUUUAUUCCCACAGAGCUCAUUCAAACACAUUCUCCUUUAAAGGAAAAGUUCACCCAAAAAGGAGAAUUCUAUCAUCAUUUACUCACCCUCAUGACUUGAACCUGUAUGACUGUUUUUGUUUUUGUCUAUUUUUAUGCUUCAAAAAGGAUGCAAAAGUGUCAAAAAAGUAGUUUAUGCAACUCAUGCAUGAAAUACCAAAUCUUCUGAAGGCACUGGUUUUAGUGAGAAACAAUACAAACAUUUUUUAUGUCUGUUGCACGUUUUCUGUAUGGGCGCUAUGCGAGAAGACUGACUUGCAUGUUCACACUAGAACUUGUAUUGUUUAAUGUUAAAAAGAAAGUCAUAAGGGCUUAGAACAGAAUGAGGGUAAGUAAAUUAUUACAGAAUUUUCCAUUUAUGACUGAACUGUUCCUUUAAGUCUUUGCAUAAUUUACCUUUGGUGUCAUUAUAUUUGGUGCUAGUGAAAACGAAACAAUUUGCACAAAUUCCUAUGUUAAUUUCCCCCUCUCUCACUGCAACAACAAAUACUUAUUUCACCUACUUUUGCCUGUAAACAUCAAACAUCAGUGCAUUCUUGUAAUGGUAGUUUUGGUAUAUGGUGCCAUUUUUAACCAAAACGAAGCUUGAAUACUAAACUUGGACAUUAGCGUUAUUACACAUUUUCUUUUACGGCAUUCACUCUGAUAGCGAUUUGUAGUGACAAAGUGAGUAGUUUCAGGUGACAUGAGCGACAUCUUUGAUUUUUAAUGGGAAUGACAACGAGGUUGUGAGUGAUAGACUUACCAUCUCUUCAAUGGCACGAACGGUAUAUAGCUGUAAAAAGCUCCUAGAUCACAUCUGAUUUUCCACAACUCAUGUUGUCUGGAGUUCUUUGUAUACUGAAUGUUCUUGGAUAGAUAUUUUAUCAAUGUAUUGUCCGCGGAACAAUCCAAAAACACUUUAAACUGCAGUACAGCCCAUUGAAGAGACUGUAAGUCUAUCCCUCACAGCCUCGUUGUCAUUCCUAUAAAAAAAUCAAAUAUGGUGCUAGUGUGAAUAAGGUCUAUGUGACAAAGUUGAGUAGAGUUAAACUUUAUGCAAAAAUGCUGUACCAAUGAGAGUGAAGACGGUGGAGCUCACAUGAUCUGCCUUGUAGAAAAGUCCGAUACUGUAGUCAAGUACGACUUGGCGACAUCCAGUAAUUAAAUCGCUGUCAGUAUGAACAUAUCUUUAGGCGUGUCGAUGCAGUUUAUUCUGCACAUAAUUCAAUGACUGAUGGUUGGUGAAAUUCCACUCGUUUUUUUUCUACUCCGAAGUCUUCAACUCUACCGUGUAUUUCUAUCUACUGGAAGUCAUGCCAAAGGUGAAAAGGUAAAAUAUCUUACUCACAAUAUUUCUUACUUCAAGCAGUAUUAGUGUUUCUCUCAAAAUUAAUUAAGGAACUAUGGAAGUAAACAUUCAACAAAAAACUAAAAUCUCAAGUUUGUAAGGCCAAAGGAAACACAUUUCCUUGUGGACAUAGACUGCAUUUGCAAGGCGAUAUAUUUGAUUGAUUGAUUGGUUUUAGGGUAUUCAGGACUUGAAGGAAUAUUCCGUGUUCAAUACAAUUUUAGAUUAGUCGACAGCAUUUUCAGCAUAAAUGAUUACCACAAAAAUUAAUUUAGACUCAUCCCUCCCUUUUCUCUGGGUUACAGUGAGGCACUUACAAUGGAAGUCAGUGGGGCCAAUCCAUAAACAUUAAAAUACUCACUGUUUCGAAAGAAUAGCCACAAGACGUAAACAAUAUGCAUGUUAACAUGAUUUUAGUGUGAUAAAAUUGCUUGCUAAGCUUUACUGUGUAAAGUUAUGUAUAAUUUUACAACUUCGUUACCAUGAUGAUGUAAUGUCAACAUACCCUAAAACCCUAAAAUGACUGUAAAAAUUACUAUUUAAACAACUUUACAGCUCAAAUAACACACAAGUUUUAACAGGAGAAUUAAUGCAAGUGCUUUUAUAAAAUUAUAAGCUUCACAUUUCUGCCUUUAAACCCUCUUAAAAAUUGGCCCCAUUCACUUGCAUUGUAAGUGCCUCAAUGCAACCUCAAUUUUUGCUUUAUUUUCAAAUGCUGUCGACUGAGCUUAACUUGUAUAAAACCUUGUAUUGAAUCUUUAAGUAGAUGUUAAUCACAAAACAUUUUCAUAUUUCAUAAUACUCUUUACAUGGUUUCUAAAAGAAUGUUUUGGCCUCAUAAAUGUGGCACAUCUGAAAGUACUGUUUAAUGUAGUUAGGAUUUAAAAAAUCAUGUUUAAAGCAUCCGUUUCCUUUAUCCUUUCAUUGCUAUGUCUUCUCUUCUGUCAUUUGUGAAAGGUGCCAUUUAGUUUCCCAGUCAUCAUUACUGAACACUUGAGAAUCUUCCCUGCCUAGUUUUCCAUUUGUUUUUUCUUAUUUAAAUUGAUGGCUCUCAUUGUCUAAACUAACUCAAGCCAUUAAAAGGAAGCCAACACCCUCAGUAUUCAGUUGUCCAUAUCCUCGUAACAUGGAGGCAUGAGCCCUGUUUUGAGCGUGAUAUAUUCUUUUGUAUGUAAAUAUGAUUGCACUGUUGAACAUACAGCUUUGCUUUAUACUUUUUUCUAAAUGUCAAAAGUAUUUAUUUAGCUAGAGAUUAUUUUGGUGCUAUUUUUGAAAGGAAAAACAAACUUCACAGCAAAUGGAAAAGCUUUUCCUUUCUUAAAAGAAGUGAUUAUCCUUUUUUUUCUGUUUUUUAUUUCUUUCCUUUUAUAUAUAUAUAUAUAUAUAUAUAAUGUUGCCGGCGACUUAGGAAUGCAUUUCAUUGUGGCAUUUAGGAGUUAUAUGUCUCUAGUACUGUACUGUUAGACAUGAACAUGGAAGUAUAUACACCACAAGGACAACAAACAUUUUUAAAAUACUUGUAUAUAACCAACCUUUUACUAUGACUUUGCAUUUAACAUUCAACGAUCAGGAUCAAUUCUUACAGUGUAUUAAAUGUCUAAUAAAAGUUCUGCUCUUUGUAAUAACUUGCAAU